AUGGAUGGUAUGACGUUUCCCCUCCGCGCGCGGCAUGUUCUCGGGCGGUCGGCGACACUCCGAAAGAACCCUUUCCCCCCCACCACCCCCGGCACCCUUGCCUCCGAGAUUUUGAGCUCACGCGCUCCCCCCUUUCCAGAAGUGCACUGCAUUGGCUUCACACCCAUCACCACCACCAUCACGACUACCACCACCAUCAUCAUAGAAUAG